GUGUACAGUGCUAUUUGAUGAAAUGUCACUAGAAACUGCUCUAACAUAUUCAAAUUACAAGGACGACAUUGUUGGAUUUGUUGAUUUAAAUGGAAAAACCAACAGCUUUACAGACCACGUUCUUGUUUUCAUGUUACGGGGCGCUGUCUGUAAAUGGCUGCAACCUGUAGCAUUCUAUUUCUGUGUAGGUGCAACCUCCAGUUUGCAAUUAAAAGUCAUAAUUAAACAUAUUAUUGCUGCAACAACUGAAACUGGACUCAAACCAAUAGCUCUUGUGUCAGACCAAGGCACAAGUUUUCAAUCGGCCAUAAAUAAUUUGUUAGAAGAAACAAAAAGAAACCAAGUGCUAGCUGGAGAUAAUUUUGAUAACACUAUCAAUUUCAGUGGAAACACAUUAAGCGUUUUCUAUGAUCCACCACAUUUGAUCAAAGGGAUCCGUAAUAACUGGCUCACCAAAGACAUGGUAUUUGAAGGCAAAACAGCUAAGUGGCAAGAUAUUGUAGACGUGUACAAUGCAGAUUCUAAGCAUGGGGAAUCACGAAUUCUACACAAGUUGACUGACCAACAUGUUAUUCGUGAAAAAAUUAAAAAAAUGAAG